CUUUUUACUCUGCUUCUACCACGGCUUUCUGGCUCACCUCAUCCUUGUUUUUUGCCAUCGAUAAACCCUCCUGACUACACAGCCAGCCCUCCAGAACUACCCCAGGAAACGCCUUAACCUUAAUCCAUGCCUGUCUUCACCGAAUGCGCGGCCUCCACACGCGAACUUCGCGUCCUUCCAUCCUUCGCGCCUCCCCUGCCCCGUUUCACCCCGGAUUUUCCACACGAUGGUCACUCCGAGAGGUACGAGGUCGUCAUUGUCGGCGCCGGUCCCGCCGGACUCAUGCUCAACCUCCUUCUGGCAAGAUAUGGCCUGACCGAUGAGUCUCUGCUCUGCGUGGAUGCGAAACCGGAAACGCUCAAAUCCGGCCAGGCUGAUGGUCUCCAACCUCGCACACUCGAGGUCCUGAAGUCACUGGGAUUGGUGGAUGAGAUACUCAGCGAUGGAUGCCACAUGGAGGAGGUUGCCUUCUGGAACCCUUCCCCCAACCCAGAUGAGGUGAUUGAACGCACAGCCAUUGUGCCGGAUGUUGCCGUGCCGGCACGGUUUCGUCAUGAGAUUACCAUUCACCAGGGUCGGAUUGAGAGGAUACUUGAGACGGAUCUGCUGCGUUAUUCAAAAAGAGGCGUGCAACGGAAUACGAGGCUACUGAAGGUAACAAUUGACGAAGAUGGCGAUGCAGAAUUCCCGGUUGUGGCGGAAAUCGAGACGGAUGGACAACAGCGAACCGUCCGAUCGAAACAUCUGGUAGGCGCAGAUGGGGCUCAUUCUGUGGUUCGACGCGAUAUGGGACUGAAUUUGGUGGGCGAGUCGUUGGAUCAUAUCUGGGGCGUGGUCGAUCUGGUCAUUGAUACGGAUUUCCCUGACAUCAGAAGACGCUGUGCGAUUCACUCCCCAGCUGGUUCUGUGAUGGUGAUUCCACGCGAGCGGAUUGCGACGGGAGACUACUUGACCCGCUUGUAUGUCCAGGUCCCGGAGGAGGCUACCCCGGAUGACAAUCACAAGCCCGCGAAUGGUACUACCCUCAAGGAUGCUCGAGCCCGUAGGGGCCAGGUCACGCUCGAUGGAAUCUUCCAACAUGCGGCAGAGGCGUUCAAGCCAUACUAUAUCCGACCGAAGGAGGCCGGUGUGGUCGAUUGGUGGGCGGCAUACCAGAUCGGUCAGCGAGUGUCGAAUAAGUUCACAGUAAAAGAUUCGAAGGGAAUCAAUCGGGUGUUUAUCGUAGGAGAUGCGUGCCAUACUCAUAGUCCCAAGGCCGGUCAAGGAAUGAAUGUAUCCAUGAUGGAUUCUUACAAUCUAGCGUGGAAACUGGUGUAUGCAAUCCACGGUCUUACUGCCGACUCGUCCUCAGGGAAGCCCGAUGCGGUUCUGGAUACGUACCACACUGAGCGCCACACGAUAGCUCAGGAGCUGAUCGAGUUUGAUCGUGCCUUUUCAUCCAUGUUCUCUGGAAAGAUAGGUGGCGCAGAGAAUGGGGUCGGCAGCCUGACGCACGAGCAAUUUCUGGAGGUGUUCAGCACUGGAAAUGGAUUUACUAGCGGCUGUGGAAUAGAGUAUCCCGACAACCCGACUGUACAGAAAACGCUGAGUCAGGACAAGAAGAAUCCUGUCGAAGGAAAUGAUUAUCUCUCUGGUAUCCUCCGCCCGGGCAGGCGGUUAUUGAACGUCCAGUACCGGAGACACGCCGAUGGCAACCGACGUCACUUGCACGAUGAUUUUCUCUCGACCGGUCGAUUCCGUAUCCUCUGUCUCACAUCCGCCGAUCUGUUAGACCCGAAAGGUGUCUCUGCCCGGACAUUGAGAACGCUAGGGUCUUUUGUGCUACCACGGUUCCCUUCUGUGAUUGAGCAGGUUGUGAUUCACCCUCGUCUUCCCAGAGAUUUUACUUGGCGUGAUAUACCUGCAGAGCUCAAGAAGCACUCCGAGAUGAGUUUCUACAGUGGCUACGAGAUGGACGACGUGUACAAGAUCUACGGGGUUGAUAUUGCCCAGGGGGCUUUGGCAGUUGUGCGACCAGAUGGAUACGUGGGCACGGUGGCUGCCUUGGACGACGUCAAACGGGUGGAGGAAUAUCUUGAGCGGUGUUUAAGAACUGUCCAGACCGCGACUUGAUGCAAACAAGAAUCGACUUUUGCGAUGAUCAUUUAGCCCGGCCUGACCCACCGUAGGCGCUACCCAGAAUUUAUCGGAUACGAGGACCUCCCAGCGGUCAACCCCAGCCAACAAGGGGUGUUAUUGACUGGUAGACCCUAGUUGCAGGGUAGUGCGCUGUGCCUUGAUCGAUACCGUCGGACGUCCGAAGUGUGCCUGACGGCCGCGAUAAAGCCUGGGUAGCGAGAUAGAACAUGG